AUGAAGGGGCAUCCCCCCACCCAGAGGUGCCUGGGCAUAGAGGCACACACAGAAGAGCUCUGGGUGAGUGCAGGGCCACCGCUGUGGGCUGUAGGGAGGGCACAAUGUCUCGGUGGUGGUGUCACCCCAGGAGGCCUGGGGCUGGCAAGUGUGAGGCUUCUUCCAGCUGUCUGGGAAAGGCCUGGUCUUGUGCUCAGUUCCCAUCGGGUGGUCUGUAGCAGCCCCCCCCCCCACACACACACAUCUCCAUCUGUCUGGCAGCUCUCCUGCUGCAGGCUGUCCCCUGGGGUUCCCUCCUGCGUUCCCUGGGCAGCUCGUGUUGGGGACGGCAGGGAUGCGAGGGCCGUGCCUGCUCUGGGACAGCGCCGUCCUCACUGCGAGUGGCUUUUUCCUCCUGCAGGCAGGUGCUGCGCUCUCCCUCCAGCGUAUGGCCUGGUGGUGGCUGUGCUCGUGGCUGUGCUCGUGGCUGUGAUCCUGGCUUUGGCCAUUGCUCUUGCUGUACAGUCGGCAGGCAGACGUGAAGGUCAUCUAGCUCCGGUGCUGGGUUGUCCUGACAACUGGGUUGGGUACCGCGACGUCUGCUACUACCUCUCGACGGAGGAGGGGAGCUGGGUGUGGAGCCAGGAGCGGUGCUCCUCACACGGGGCCUCGCUGGCUGUGCUCCAGAGGGAGUGGGAAAUGGAGUUUCUCUCGCGCCUCAAAGGCAAAGAUGAUUUCUGGCUUGGGCUGCGGAGACAGGGCGAACGCCUGGAGUGGGUGGAUGGCAGCAGCUUCACCCAGACGAUCCUGGUGCGGGGCCAAGGAGCGUGUCUGUAUUUGAAUGACAAUGCUUUAGUGAGUACAAGCUGCUCACAGCAACGGCCAUAUAUGUGCAGCAAGCACUAUGCUCAGAGGUGACAGAGAGAGGAC